AUGAUGCACCGAUAUUCCUUACCACCUCAGUUUGACUACAUCAUCAUUGGCGGCGGCACUGCGGGCCUCAUCGUAGCGUCCCGUCUGACCGAAGACGCAGAAACCUCAGUCCUUCUUAUAGAGGCUGGCAGUGAUCGGAUUGGCGAUUCCCGCAUCGACACAGGGUUGGUUACAUCUCUAUAUGGUGACAACGACCUGGAUUGGAACUUCCUCUGCGGGCCCAAGUUCAUGUAA